AUGCUGAUUUUCAAGAUUUGCUCGACUUCCUCUCUUUCAACGUUAUGCGUUGCAUUCGAUACGACAAGAAAACCAAUAUCUAUUUCUAUUUCGUUGUCUUUUCUUCCUUCCUUCCUUUCUUCCUUGCUUUACCUCCUUCCUUCCUUCAUUUAUUCAUUCUUCCUUCCUUCAAUCAUUCCUUCCUUCAUUCCUUCUUUCAUUCAUUCCUCCAUUCCUUCCUUCAUUCCUGAAUUAAUUCCUUCAUUCUUUAAUCAAGGUUCAUUCCUUCCUUUUUUAAUUUUCUUUUCAUUUUUUCUUCCUUCAUUCAUUCAUUUUAGAUUCCUUUUCUUCUUUCCUUCAAUCAUUCCUUCCUUCAUUCUUUCAUUCCUUCUUUCAUUCAUUCAUUCCUUCAUUCCUUCCUUCAUUCCUGAAUUAAUUCCUUCAUUCUUUCUUUUAUUCAUCCCUUCCUUUUUGCCUUCUUUCAUUCAUUUCUUCCUUCAUUCCUUCUUUCCUUCCUUCCUUCCUUCCUUCCUUCCUUCAUUUCUUCUUUCCUUCAAUCAUUCCUUCGUUCAUUCCUUCAUUCCUUCCUUCCCCCCUUCCUUCCUUAAUUCAUUCCUCCAUUCCUGA